GAUAUAGCUCCUAUAAGAGGACAGAUAACAUUUCCUGCUAAAGUAACAACUGCUGUCAUGCAGCUUCAAGUUCGCGCUGAUAAUAUACCAGAGAACACUGAAAGUUUUACUAUCAAACUAACAAAAGUCAGUAGUGGUGCUAGAAUUGAGGGUGGUGAAAUAGAAAUUAGAAUCUUGGCUAAUGAUGCACCAAUUAGCUUUGAAAAGGGUGAAUAUAGGUAUGAAGAAGGACCAGGAAUAAAAACAGCCCAUGUGGUUCUGUUUCGUGGCAUUGUGUCUGAUAAUUCUAUACCUGUAGGUCCCAUUGACACUCAGGUUUCUGCUGACGUCAUCUUAGUUAGUGGUACUGCCAUAUUAGGACAAGAUUUUAAUGGAGAAAGUCGGAAAGUCGUGUUUCCACCAGGGGUCAUGAGAACUAAUUUCACUUUUCAAAUUUUGGACGAUUUAACUCCAGAAAUGGAGGAAACAUUUAAAAUUCAAAUCGGCAAGUUGGAGGGUGAAGUCGUGUGGGGUAAAUUAAUUGAAGUAGUGAUCAAAAUAAGUGCUAAUGACAAUCCAAAUGGAGCAAUUAGUUUUGAAUCCAUUAAUGCAGCCAAUAGUUUAACAGUUCGUGUCAACGAAGACACUUUUACCGUAGCAACAUUCCCUGUCAUUAGAAACGGUGGAACUUUUGGAGCAGUUGCUGUCGAGUGGGAGGUGGUACGAUCUGGAGAUUCUACAGUCCCAGUGCAAGAUGAUGUUGGUCCAUUGAAGGGAACGAUAACAUUUGCUGCUGGACAACGCGAUACUGAAAUAAGUUUAACAAUUGUACAAGACAUUAGUCCAGAGAUAGCAGAGAAGUUUCUGGUGCGUCUGAAACCAGAUACUGUUGUUGGUAAUGCUAAAGUUGAAGGUAUUAUACAAGCUGAACUAAUUAUAGAAGAUAGUGAUAAUGUUUAUGGGACAGUAGAGUUUGGACCUGAUAAUACUCACCUAAUACCUACUAAAUCUGGAAACCGGUAUCUACAGUUACAGUUAAAUAGAAAUGAUGGACGUGUUGAUGAUUUAUUAGUCAAUAUUACUGUUGUAUUCAAUGACGUGGACGGUCAACUCACUGCUGAUGAUAUGCUGGCAACACCAGAAAUGCAAGUUACCAUGGCAACAGAUAAAAAUCCUGUUAUUGUAGAAAUACCUCUACUGCGAACGGCUUUUCUGCAAAUUGGUGGAAACUUUGUGGCUACAUUGUCAGACAUUAGACUUCAAAAUGAAUUUGGAGCAUAUAACAGUCCUAAACUAGGUAGUAGAAAAUCUGUUACUGUGGAAAUCAAAAGUGAAGAAGCAAAUGGGAAGAUAGGAUUUUUUAACAUGACAGAUGAGAUAGUUGAGGAACCUUCUGUUGGACUUUUAGAGAUACCACUGGUAAUUAGUCGAGAAGGUAAAAGUGGUGAUGCUGUAAUCAGGUGGUCUAUCAAGGGAGUUGGUGAUUCUGUAGGCCAGGUCACCCAGGAAGAUGUUGUUGCUCUCUCAGGAUCUGUCAGCAUUCCUUCAGGUUCUAACAAUGUGGGUUUAUCAAUACAAAUACGACCAGACAAUAUCCCUGAGAAUAACGAGACAAUGGUAGUUACCUUAGACUCUGUGGAACCUGCAGCUACCCAACGUUUACAUCAGGCAACUCGCUCUAUUACUAUAACUAUACUAGAGAAUGAUAAUCCAGGGGGUGUGUUUCAAUUUGCUGGUGUAAUGAGAAAUUCUUAUUUAAUAUCGGAAGGAGAUGAAGCUAUAGAAGUAGUAGUAGAAAGAACUGGUGGUAAUUUAAUGACUAAAGAAGUUCAGUAUGUUAUAGAACCUGAUGGAGUCAAGGAAUUCUUUGGUGCCAUCAAUGUAUUGAGAUUUCAGCCUGGAGAGACGAGGAAAACUGCCACAGUUAUAGCUAAGAGUGAUAAUAUACCCGAGCUCGGAGAAACAUAUACUAUGAGAUUAUCAAGUUAUGGUGAAAGUGAGGCGACAAUUGGUGAUAAAAAUUCAGUACUAAUCACAGUAAAAGAGAAUGACCAACCCUAUGGUGUUCUACAGUUUAAAGAUAAUCCUAUGGUUAUUUAUAUCAGAGAAAGUCGUGGAUCUAAUAUAGAAAAUGCAUCUUUACCGCUUGAAAGAAUUAAAGGUAGUUUUGGUACCGUUACUGUCUCAUGGACAUUGCUGCCCUCUACAGGAGAUGAUUUACGACCAACGUUUGGUAUAGUGACAAUGCGACCUGGUGAAACUACAGCUAGUAUUGAUAUCACCUCAGUAGAUGAUGAUAUCGCGGAACAAGAUGAGACAAUCAGAGUCCAGCUGUCAACACCAACAGGGGGCGCCACAUUAGGACAACCAAACAUGGCAACUAUAAUCAUAAGAUCCAAUGAUAAUCCUGUAUAUUGUGAUGAGCCAGCAAGUCUGAUAUUUACUGUUAUACGGAGAGGAAAUCUAGCAGAAUCUGCUACAGUCCGAUACCGAACACUAGAUGGUCCUGCCAAGUCUGCUGAUGGUGAUUUUAGUCCUAUACUUGGUCAAAUUAUAACGUUUCAACCUGGACAGGCCAUGUUCAAUCUCACUGUAUCAGUUUUAGAUGAUGAUGUACCUGAAGGAAAUGAAACGUUCGUUCUUCAACUCUUUGAUCUAGGAGGUGAUCUGCUACUAACUGAUAAAUCAACAGCAACUAUAACUAUACUGGAUAAUGAUAAUGCUUAUGGUAUUUUUAAAUUUGAGUCAUCAACUGGUAGAACUAUAGAAGAAGGUAGUGAAUAUUUCUUAAAUAUUGAUAGAAGUGAAGGUCGAGAAGGAUCAGUGGAAGUGUUCUGGAGAAUUCGCUCCCUAUCUACAGGAAACAUUUUAGACAAUGGAGACCAGUUUGAACAGACACAAGGCUCGGUGAUAUUUCAAUCACAGGAACGCAGACAACAAUUAUCAAUCAAACCAUUGGCUGAUGAUAUACCAGAAACUAAUCUAGCUUAUACUGUAGAAUUAUACAAUCUUAUAGGUUAUCUAGCUAACCUUGCUCGUACAGAUACCACAGUACUAUUGAAUGUUGUUGCCAGUGAUGACCCCAAUGGUCGCUUUGCUUUUCCUUCUAAAACUCGUGAACUUCAAAUAGCAGAAGACUUUGAAGUUGGGAAAGACUCAACAACCAGGACUACUGUAACAGUAGAAAGACGUCAAGGUGUUCUGGGUAAAACUGAGGUGGUAUGGGAGAUAUAUUCUGAUUCUGUUGGUGGAACAUUCCCAGAUUUAAUAGAUCUGAUGUUUAUUGGUGACCGACCUUCUUCCAUGGUACCUAUUCCUACCAAACAACGGAAUCAAACUGGUACUCUGGUUCUUCUUUUCUCAGGCGGUGCAGGCAACUAUGUAACAGUUUCUAAAGACAAGACCCCAGAUGUAACCAAGUUUGAAAAUGGUCUGACAUUAUCAGCUUGGGUUCAACCAUUCCCUAACGCUAAUGGAUAUAUUAUAGCUAGAACUUCAGCCAGUGGUGUCCGACAAUUUUACAGUUUAAAAUUACAAUCUACAGGGUCCACUGUUAAUAUAGAUUUAACUCUUUCUACUGCUGAAUCAAACCAAGUUAUUUCUAGUAGUUCUAAUAAAAACAUUCAAGAUGGUAAAUGGCAUCACAUUCUAGUAGCUGUUUCAAAUAGUUCUAUUAUAUUUUAUCUUGAUGGUAUAUCUAUAGGCACCAGUAAAAUGGUAGGAAAUAGAAUACUAGAUAGUCCUGAAGGGGUUUUGUUGGUUGGAGCCCGAGCACCAGGGACAGAGACGUACAAUGGCUACCUACAGGAUGUCAGGUUGUUUAAACGUAAACUUGAGGAAAACGAGAUACGUGAGACAUAUGAUCUACCAGCAAGAAGGGAAGUAACUCCUGUAUCAGGUAUUCUAGUAUUUGAACAGAACGUUAAAAGUAAUACGUUUGAAGUUCGUUCAUUACAAGAUGUAGAAGAGGAAGGGAAUGAGGUGUUUUCUAUUGAUUUAGUAACGGCUAAUGGUGGCGCUACUAUCUCUGCUGAUGAUGGAAAGGCAACAUUAACAGUAUUAAAGAGUGACAAUGCUAAUGGUGAAUUCAGAUAUAAAGAUCUAUGUACACCAGCUAGUACUAAUGUAGAGAAUACAGCUAUCACCUGUUCUAUAGAGAGGCUACGAGGGGAUGAUGGGACUGUAUAUUUAACGUGGGUAGUACGUCAGGUGACCCCCACUGGUACAGUCGAUGCUGUAGAUGAUUUUGUAAAUUAUACAGGUGUGGUGACCUUUCCACCAGGCAGCAGAUUACAAACUUUUCAAUUUGAAGUUAAAGAAGACAAUAUACCAGAAGUAAGAAAGACAUUCAUGGUAAUAUUAGAGAAAGUUGUAUCAGAUGAUGGUGUGGUAGGGACGACUAAUACAAGUGGAGCUAGUAUCAGUCCCAGUGGACGUCUGUCUCAGAUUAUCAUAGAAGAAAAUGACUAUCCUUAUGGUUUAUUACAAUUUUCUGGUUCUCGUACACCCCCUGUAAAUAACGGUAGCAUGAUUCUACCCACGGAAUCAGAACCAGAGAUAAUGAUACAAGAAGAAAUAGGGGUAGCAACUCUAGUGGUAGUAAGAGCUCAGGGAACUCUGAAGAAAAUUACAGCUGAGUGGAGAACUGAGGAUGGGUCUGCUAAAAGUCAAGGGAAAUCACCUAUAGAUUUUGUGGGAGACGCCAGUGUCAUUACUUUAGAAGAAGGAGAAACCUGGACGUUUGUUAAUAUAACGAUCAAGGAUAAUGUUAUACCAGAAGAUGACAAAUAUUUCUAUGUUAAUCUGGUGAAUCCACAAGGUGGGGCUGCUAUUGGUGUAGGCGGAAGGUUAAAGGUCACAAUAAAACCAUCAGAUGGAGCGUUUGGUAUUUACAGAUUCUCUGAUUCAGCACUACAAAUUAUUGCUGAUGAAGAAGGAGAUUUGGGCUUCAAUUCAGUUUUCUUUGAGGUUGUGCGACUUGGAGGAGCGAUAGGUAACUCAACAGUGACCUGGAUAACAGAGGGUGACGUUAAUAAUGAUCUGGUUGAUAAAUCAGGGGAGAUAACUUUUGAAUCUGGUCAGAUUACGUCUAGAAUAGAAAUCAAGAUUAGAGGUGACAUCGAUCCAGAACUGGAUGAAAUAUUCAGAAUCACUUUAACUGCAACUAGUGAGGGUGAACUAGGAGAUAAAUUAAAAAGAUCUAGUUUAUUGAUAGUGAAAGCUAAUGAUGAUCCAUAUGGUGUAUUUGUUGUAGCUGAUCAAUCUAGAUCUAUCAGAGCAGAUGAGAGAAAUUCAGAUAUAACUAUUGAAGCUCAGAGACUAAAAGGAAGAUUUGGAGGUGUAUUGCUGACCUAUGCCACUCUAGUUCCAACACAAACAUAUCCAUUUUUACCAGGACCAUUAACUCGUGCUGAUGUCACUGAUUUCCGUGCUGUUACCAAGACAGUAGAAUUCUUACCAAAAGAAGAAUUUAAGAAUUUUACUGUGACUAUAUUUGAUGAUAGUAUCCCUGAAGAAGAUGAAUCUGUAUUUGUUAGGCUGAUAGCAGUUAAUGUUACACAAGUUGCUCAAGUCUCAUUUAUUGCUAAAUCUCCAAGACUUGGUGAAAACUUCCAGACCUAUUCUCAGAUUAUAAUCAACAGUAAUGAUGAUGCUGGUGGUGUUUUAGAGUUAUACCCCCUAGCUGUAAAUGUUACAGAGGGGUCACAACCAGAGCUUAGCCUUAGACGUUUAGGUGGACUGUUUGGAGAGGUUACAGUACUCUUCCGAGCUAUACAAGAUUCAGCUACCUCGAAAGUAGACUAUGAAGUCCUACGAACUGAAGUGAUCCUGAAUUCUGGUGAAGCCAGUAAGAAGUUACCCAUUGAAAUAUUGGAUGACAGAAUUCCAGAACUGAUGGAAUCAUUUACUGUUGAGUUAAUUUCUGUAAGUUCUGGUGGUGCCACGCUAGGAACUAAUAAACAGGCUGUUGUCAACAUACUACCAUCAGAUGAUCCUUACGGCUUAUUUAGAUUUGCAAUGCCCAGUCAGAGUGUAGAGGAACCAGAGAAUGGUAUAGCCUAUACUAUAGAUAUACGGGUUGAACGACUGGGUGGUAGUAUGGGCAUUGUUAAUUUAGAAUGGAUGUCAGACCUGAAUGGUGAAGAAGCCGUACAGGAUAUACAACCUUCAUCAGGAACAUUACGAUUUGUUAGUGGAGAAUCUAAUUUGAAAAUAUCUCUACAAAUUCUACCAGAUGAUAUACCUGAAGGACAAGAGGAUAUAAGAUUAAGUAUCAAGUUAAAGUCAGCUGAAGGAAGAAUAGACACACAGAAUACAUUCACCCUGACAAUAGCUCCAAAUGAUAAUCCUCAUGGUUUUAUACAGCUAUAUACCAAUGAAUAUAGAGUUAAAGAGAAAACAGAUGAGGUUGUUCGUGUUCAAAGAAGUGGAGGUACAUACGGCAGUCUAAAAGUCUUCUACACAGUUAGUGAAAUAGAUCUGGUAUCCGAGGCUAUACGACGUGGCGAGGCUGUGAUUGGUUACUAUGACAGUGGUACUAGUGGUAAACGUGCUGAUACAGGAAAUCAAGUUAAUAUCACUUCCUCAACUGAUUCUCUACUGUCCUGUGCCUCUGUCUGUUUAAGUAUUGAAGCAUGUUUAAGUUUCCAGUUUUCAAGGGCAAGUAACUCUACCUGUCACUGGUUUACAACUGAAACCAAUAAAUUGACUAUAAUACCGGAUUCUGAUUCUACUAUUUAUGAUAAAAACAGUGAGAGGUAUGAAAUGCUACAAGCAGCAAAAGCCAGAGCAGAUGUGGACUUUGGACUGGUCACAGAAAAUUCCAUCAUCAUUGGAGACGGUGAAACAUCAGGGGCAAUAAAUUUGAGUAUCAUUAAUGACAACUUGCCAGAAUUGGACGAGAAAUUUGAACUGAAGCUGACUAAAGUCGAAGUAGCUGACGAAAAGUUCAAAACGAAGGAGGAUCCCAAGUUAGGCGAGAUCAAGUCAGCCCUGGUGGUGAUUGAGUCUAAUGAUAAUGCUAAUGGAGUGUUUAAUAUCUAUGGAACUCCUGCUAGUCUUGGUCGAACUGUGGAAGUAGAGGAAAUUGAUAAAUAUGCUGUAGAUUUGGUUGUUGAAAGACAAGGUGGUAAUAUUGGUGAUGUAAACAUACAAUGGUCAGUAGAUACUGGUAACGCCACCUAUGGUAAAGAUUAUAUUGCGGACGGGGCUAUACUUAGUUUCGCUAAUGGAGUUACUCGUAGAGUAAUAACAGUAACUAUAUUAGAUGAUACUAUACCAGAAGACCGAGAGGAGUUUAUGAUUUAUCUAACUAACGUAGACGGUGUAGCAGAACUCGGUACCGAGACCAAUAUAUCAAUAGUUAUAUUAGAGAAUGACUAUGUCGCAGGUCUACUGGCUUUAGAGUCUACUUCUGUACUAGCUUCUGAAGGUGAUAAAUUACCAGUGAAUGUAACACGAACUCCACCAGCUCAUGGUACAGUCAAGGUGGAUUGGUCUAUUAAAGGAAAGGGAGGCCUAAAACCUGAUCUUGGAUUUAAAACAUCGUUUGGUUCUCUUAUAUUUCAACCUGGUGAAACAGCAAAGAGACUAGAACUAGAAGUAUUAAAGGAUGAAACACCAGAAAUUAAUGAAGAAUAUGAACUACAGUUAAUUAGUGUUCAAACACAAGGUGUUGGUAAGACAGGAGCAGCGUCAAUAGAUCCUCAGUUUAAAACAGCUUUAAUCACCAUACAAGGUAGUGAUAACCCCCAUGGUAUAAUACAAAUAGCGUCUGCAUCAUUAACUGUUAGAAUUGAAGAAGAUAUUGGACAGGUUCGAAUCAAUAUUGACAGAAAGUUUGGAGCUAUAGGUGUGGUGAGGGUCAACUACGAAGUUCUCAGUGGGUCCAUAGCUUCAAGUAAUACAGCAUUAAGUGCUGCCACUGUUAAUGAUGACUUCCGUUCGACAACCAGUUUUAUUGACAUUGCUGAUAAAGUCACCAGUGGCCAGAUUGUAGUAGACAUUAUAAAUGAUGAGAGACCAGAAAUAGAUGAAGUAUUUAAAAUAAAGUUAUUAUCUGUAGCUCUAGUUGGGUCGUUAAAUUCCGAUCCCCCUCGUUUAGCCAGUAAUAAUACAGAAGCUGAAGUUAUAAUCAAUGCCAAUGAUGGAGCUAAAGGAAUUAUUGUGUUUGCUUCAGACUCCAGAAGGUAA